ACUGAAAACGCAUCUGCAAGACAGCCAUCAGUUGGCUGCGGAAAACUCAGAGAAGGUGAUGUCCCGCAAUAAGACCUCUUUUGAUCGGCGUAUCACCACUUCUGAACUUGCCGUAGGCGACAGGGUCCUUGUUAGAAACGUCCGACUGAGAGGAAAGCACAAAUUGGCUGACAAAUGGGAACCUGACAUAUAUGUAGUGGUAAAGAGGGCUGGCAACCUCCCUGUUUACACUGUAAAACCAGAGAACCAGGAUAAACCUCUCAGAACACUCCAUCGUGAUCUUUUGUUGCCUUGUAAUUACCUAGCUGAACAGAGUUCUGUAAAAAACUUACCUGUGAAGAGGAAAAAGCACCUGCCUGUGAACUUACCUGACCCUGAUAAUGAAGAUGCAUCAGAAGAUGAGAUCAUCUCACCUCUGUAUGAUCCUUCUUCCUUCGAGCCUGUGAAAUUCAUCACUGUUGUUAAUUCACCAGUACCUCCUGUCCAGCAAUUUGUUCCACCUGCAGACCUACCUGAAGUUCCUGAUCAGCCCCCAUCCUCUGCUGCAGAAGAGGAGGAGGAUUUGGAACAGGAACUCCCAGUUGUCACAGAGGAACCAAGGGAAUUUCAACCUGUGGACAGAGAGGCAGUAAACAUCAGUUCAGAAACUAAUGAUUCUGCAGGAGAUGCUGCUGGAGAUCCUGCUGCUGAGGGAGGUCCUGAGCCUGUCACUCCAGAGCCCUCCACCAAUAAUAUGGAACCAGAAGUGGACUUAAUUGUUCAAACAGAACCAUCAAGCCCUGAAACAGAACCAUCGAGUCUUGAGGGAGAACCAUCUUUGCGGAGGUCAACCCGAGCAAGAAGACCACCAGAACGUUUACAGUACUCCCAACUCGGUCACCCGCUGUUGAAGAGUAUCCAGUUGUUGUUUCAUGGACUGACCACUGCAUUUACACAUGCUCUUGAAGGGACUGAGGAUGAUGAACACAUGACUGUUCCUGGUAUUAUCCAGCCAGCCAUCCAGACUCAACCUGGUCCAUGUACGGGGACGUGCAUGGGAUCAGGGGGGGAACAUGUAACCCACGUGACCGCCACGCCCCAACCACCUUCCCUUUAAGCCGUCCCUUUAACAGCUGGGACCCUCAUGUGUAUUUCCGGGUUUCCACUGUGCUGCUGCUCACUGUGAGUUGUGGCGUUGGUUGUUAAUAAAACAAUCUCAAAUCUCCAACUCGACUCAUCGCUGAACGAAUUCAUCUCUAAAACUCGAGGAUCUGCGGUUGGGCUUUGUUGAUGCCUGGUUUACCUUCUGAUGAGAACAAGUAACAUCCACUUCCUCAGACAAUCCGUUACUCGACGGUCAGGUUUUUUUUUUCUUCCCCUUCAUCGACUCGCUUGCUGACGGAGGAUGGCGAGCUACUCACACACCACCUGGUGGUAGGAAAAAGAAAGACACUCUCCACACAGGAAAACCAAACAACACUUUCCAUACAGGAAACAAAAUAAACUCUAAGGGAGUAUCUAAAGGAAAAGAACAAUUCUCCCGUUGCUCUUGGACUUUUGAACUACAUUUGGUUUUGAAGUAUUAUUGAUUAUUUCAUUUUGGGUUUGUUCUUUUCCCCCCGUCCUUGUUUCUUUUGAACAAUUUCUCUUUGUUUAGUUUUUGCUGUUAGUAUUAUUAUUAUUAUUAUUAUUAUUGUUGUCAUUAUUAUUAUCAUUACUAUUUCCACUGCAAUAAAUGGCAAUAUAAACAAAGCUCUU